AGCACGACGGCGCGCGACGCUCAGCGGAAGGAGAGAGACCAAACUGCGCGAGAAGCUCAAGGAAGUCACAUACUACACUUUUCAUCCGAUGUCGGCAACUGGAAACCGCUGUACCGCGUGCCUUAGAGGAGAACGAGAAGCUUCUGCCUUGCGGCACAUGAGGCCCAGGACCAGCAGCCAAGUCCGGGCGUUCGUAGACGAGAUUGGCAUUGCAAACCAGUUGCCUGCCUUGGACGAGGGGGGGUUAGGUGAGAGCACCGUCACACUGUGCAGGCGUUCUGGUUGCUUGCUGCAAUUGUACAAAAAGCACAAUCAAAGGAUGAGCAAGGAGCAGAGUAAAGACCGGAGAGCACGUAAGGCAGCGCAGACACCGCGCCAUGCCACGGGUAUGUGGACUUUACCUGAACCACAAACGCACCUGAAGCGACGGUGGCUUGAUUGGUACUGCACUUCACCUGAGGCGGUGGAUGCUUUGCUGGGUGCUGUGUCCAUCACAGGAUGUAAUUUGGACAUGUGCGGCGGGCCCACGGACGCCGUGGCGACCCGUCUUAGACCCACGUGUGAGGUUUUCACGAACGACACACCGCGCCAUGCCACGGGUAUGUGGACUUUACCUGAACCACAAACGCACCUGAAGCGACGGUGGCUUGAUAGGUACUGCACUUCACCUGAGGCGGUGGAAGCUUUACUGGGUGCUGUGUCUAUCACAGGAUGUAUUUUGGACAUGUGCGGCGGGCCCACGGACGCCGUGGCGACCCGUCUUAGACCCACGUGUGAGGUUUUCACGAAAGACGUGAGCUCGGGGCGUCCCGCGGAUACCAACCUUGACGCCAGCUUGGAGUCCCUCCCGGACGACUUUGUCGCAGCUUGCUCGGGGAAGAGGCCUGACUGGGUGGUGACGAGCCCUCCGUAAAAAAGUGUUCUUACUUUUGUCAAGGUCGCAAUGCCGUUGGCUACGAGAGGCGUGGCGGUCAAACUUCCCCUUUCUUUUCUGGAACCCUGCGCCGACCGGGCCAAGCGUCUUCCUACGGAGAGCCAAAUACACACGUGUGAACAAUUAAAGAUGGGCGAAUUCUGGGGUGUGUGGUAUACUCAGGACAUUAGCUGCGACACCACGACGAGGCUUGUCUUCUGUUCUGAUUAGCAUGGCUGCGAUUUCGAGCACAGGAUGGUCGGAUGUGCAAGUUUAGCGUGUGAAAUUGUUUGGUUCGAGCGGGGUAAUAAACAAGGCGAAACGUUCCUUCCGAGUUUCUUAAAAAAGGAACAAUGGUUGUCGGAGGAGAUGCCUCUAACACGGCUGUGUGGGGGAUGGGGCAUAAUCGGAUAGUGUAAUGACUCGAGCACGAUCGAAGGUGCCAGCGCGUGCACGAAAAUUGGUUCUGAGGUGCUCCCUUUUCUAUUGUCGUGGUCUCGGCAUGAAGAAGGAAUUGCUUGGCACGCGUGUUCCUUGCGUAAGAACAAACAAAAACGCGGUGUAUGGGGUGGACGAUGAAAGAGUGGCUGAGUUCCUUGAAGUGAAGCAGUUGCCAGCACCUGUGACACCGCUCAUGGUGAAACUUGACCAUGUGCCAAUGCAAGCUAACAACAAUGUUUUGCUAACCGAUACACGAAAAGCAAACCGACGCCUCA